AUGGGAGCUAAGGAUUCAAAGCCAUCAUGCAUUAGCUACGAGGAGGCUGUGAAACGAGUAACCGACUCUGAGCUACGGCGAAUUAAAGAUGCGUUUAAGCGAUCUGCAGGAACGAGCGGAUCAGUGUUAAGCAAAUGUGCCUUCAUGCAGGAUGUCUUAGGCGAUGGCGUACCUUCUGUAGUCGCAGAUUGGCUUUACACGGCAUGCGGCGGUACGUCCAAGGGUAUCGCCUUCAAAGAGCUCCUAUGUGGCCUUGUGUUGCUUACAAAAGGAACACAAGAUGAGAAAAUAAAAUUUCUCUGGACUCUAUACUGCAACGAGUCUGGUUCACAUAUACUCAAACAGGAAUUCCAAAAAGCCAUACAAAUUGAAUCGACCUACCAAAGCAAUACCACCAACAGCAACAACACUACCAACUGUAGCAAUAAUAAUAAUAAUACUAUUAAUAGCCAAUCGGGAGGGAAUAGGCAAACUCACCAUCAGCAGCUGCAAUGGAGUCGGUUUCAGGUUUCAUUGUUCGGGCAGAACGAUCGAGUCACAUUCGAGCAGUUCAAAUCAUGGAUCCAGAUGAACCGAGGAGCAACCGCCUUAUCCAAAUGGCUGCUACAAGACGCGUGUGUUAAUCUCAGCUCUGAGCUUGAAACUCCCACUUUCUAUCAAAGUUUAGCAGGUGUAACCCAUCUCGAAGAGCAAGAUAUAGGCGACCUUGAAAAGGUAUUUUGGCUUCUGAAGGGAGCCGCCGUCACAGGACAGUUGGACUUGGAAUCCCUCGGCCCUUUGAUUAGCCCACCUGUUCCAAAGGCUGCUCUAGGAGGGGUUUUUGUCGCAUUUGACGAAAAUCACGAUGGUCACAUCGAUUUCAAAGAGCUAUGUUGCGGUGUCAGUGCCGCUUGCAGAGGACCCAGCGUGGAGCGCAGCAAGUUUUGCUUUAAAGUAUUCGACAUCGAUCGCGAUGGAACGCUAAGUUUUGUAGAAAUACGGCAAAUGGUUGAUAUACUGCUUUCGGUAGCUCGUGAAGCAAACGCUAGUACCUAUAAAAAUCUAGGUGCUGACAAGGUUCUCGCAGAAUUGUAUCAUCGUUCAUCAGAUUCAUCGAGAAGGAGCGAAAAUGGCGAAAAAUUACAAAGAAAAGAACCAAUGGCUGAUGCGACUGUGAGUGUAUCGGAUGUCCCGGAAUUUAGAUUUUCUCAAGAAGACUUUCUGAUCUGGAGUAUUGAAAGCAAUUCUAAUCUUGUACAACCGUUUCUGGACCUGCUGUUCGAAGUAUGUCAUAUCGUAUUGGGGUUGCGCCCACAAUGUCGGCAUCUAGAAGGAGACAUAGUGCGCGGAUGGUUGUCCAGAGAAGUUCGUCGAGGAUACAAGGUUGGGCAGUUCUGGUACCUAAUUUCAUCGGACUGGUGGCAACAUUGGACGCAGUAUACACAAAUGGCAUCUCCUAGUUUAUCGUGCGUUUACUGUAAGACGACUGGGGCAAGUUAUGCAAACAAUCGUACUAAUAUUGGCACGGGUGCUCCAUUUACGGUAACCAACGGAGGCACCGGUACGAAUAGUAGUGGAACAGUAGAUGAAGCAAUGAUCUGUGAUGAAAGUUUUACGUCGAACUCAACAGAAAGCAUGGGUGAUCUCUUGGGAACGGGCGAUUCAUCUAGUUUGGGUUCAGGCAGUAGCGGAAUUUCGUACGGUCGUCAUUCAGGCAGUGCACCGGGAACGAUCGAUAACAACUGUCUCAUAGCACCACAUAUUUAUAAACCAAUUCCAACGCUCACAGGAGAGGGUGGUCGGUUGAAACGAGAUCUGACACUGGUGCAACAUCGUGACUUCGAACUGGUGCCGGACUCGCUUUGGAAAGCAUUAGCUCAGUGGUACGGAGGUCCUUUGCCAUUGCCGAGACAAGUAAUUCAACCGCACAGCAAUGGAGACGUUGAGUUGGAACUGUAUCCGCUCAAUUUGAGGAUAUUGCGUCACCAGAGUGUACCGGCUCAGCAUCAGCAACAUCAUGGGCAGAUAGCUGGGAGUAGUGCUUGGGCCAGCAUGUCUGGAGGGUAUGGUGCACUUACAACCGGCAAUUACUCAUCCACAGUGUCAUCCGUGCCAACGGUGUUGCAACCUCCAAAGAAAUAUCUCGCAUACACGGCCGCAUUUAGUCGGCUGGCAACGGUGAAACAAGUGGCCGAGUUUCUAUGCCAAAGACUAAAGUUAAAAUCCGAAGAUAUUCGCCUAUGGCACCUUGUGCCUACCCCGACAGGCAUCAGUGAAUUUCCAUAUUUGCUGGAAGAAGAUCAUUUGACAUUACAUGAGCUGUCCAUAGCCGACAACGAUCAGAUCCUGCUCGAAAUUCGUAACAAGGAUCUUACCUGGCCCGAGGAGCUUGGUUCGUUGGCGCUUACACACGGUUCCGGAGGCACAAGUACGGAGCGACGUGGGACGGUUUCAUCAAUUCAAUCCCAACAUCCUCCUGGUGCCACAGGGCUACACAAUUUAGGGAACACCUGCUUCAUGAAUGCUGCUCUUCAAGUUCUGUUUAACACACAGCCGCUCACACAAUACUUUAUAAAAAAGAUGCAUAUGUAUGAGCUGAAUACGACGAACAAGCUAGGUACGAAAGGGCAGCUUGUCCUUCGGUACGCAGAGCUGUUGCGGGACGUUUGGACAGCUUCCACCCGGUCUAUCGCUCCCUUAAAACUGCGAUUCUGUGUCACCAAACACGCACCUCAGUUCUCAGGCGGAGGACAACACGAUUCGCAGGAAUUGCUCGAUUGGCUACUCGAUUCGCUUCAUGAGGAUCUGAAUCGAGUAAUGGAGAAACCUUACACGGAGUUGAAGGAUUCAGACGGGCGCUCGGACGUGAUCGUAGCGACGGAAGCGUGGAGCCAACAUCAUGCUCGCAACCAAAGCAUAAUCGUGGAUCUGUUUUACGGGCAGCUAAAAUCAAAAGUGACCUGCCAAGGUUGUGGACGGGAUUCGGUGCGAUUUGAUCCUUUUAGUUUAUUGAGCCUUCCACUGCCGGUUGAAAACUAUACUUAUUGCGAAGUUCUUGUUAUGUUGUUAGACGGGUCCGUGCCUAUAAAGUAUGGUCUGCGAAUGAACUCCGAUUCUAAGUAUUGGGAUCUUAAGAAAAAUCUGUGUGAAAUGUGUGGCCUCGAACCGGAUCAAAUGUUGAUAUGUGAGCUGUCCAACUCGCAAAUCCGUUUUGUGCUUGCAAACGAACAUCGGAUAAAGCCGAGUACUGCUUGCGAGUUAUAUGUGUAUGAGCUGCCAAAAAUAGAUAGUGUGCUCCGAUCUAGAGCGGGAUCCGAGCUUGGGAUUAACAUCGAAAAAGGACUCAAGGAUAUUCAGCGGAAUCAAGCUCUUCUACUACCAUCAUUAGACCCACACCAGCUUACAACCAGUUCGAUCAACACAACGAUCUCCUCAACAUCGUCGUCCUCCUCCUCGACAGCCAUCACUGAGGAUACAAUGGCCAUUAACGGGCGUAAACCGGUUCUCCCAACAGGACGCAUGGGCCAUGACAGUACUGGCACUGUAUUGGCCAAUGGCAUCCUAUUCAACGGCAGCGCAGGAGGAGGAGGCGCUGGUGGCGAAAAUGAGAAUGGAACGACGAUGGCUAAUCGAAGGAGCUCGGCCACGUCGAAGGUAAGCCGGUGCUUUGGAAACACACUCUGCAUGCCCCCGAAUAUGUUGUGCUUCAAGCAUAUUGCUGAAGUUAGUGCUAGCCCAGACAGUACAUUCAUUUAUGGACCCGGACAGUACAGCGAGUUAACGGCGUACGGCGGCAACAGCAAUAGUUACGGGAAUUCGAAAAGCGUUAUCAACAAUCAGCAGCAUUCAAAAUCUUCCGCUACCCAGCAACCAUUGAAAGAGCCGAAUCGAUCCAAGACGAUAUCAAGGACUAAUUUGUUGAACAGUACUGACAAUGGUUGGAACAAUGGUGAUGGUUUGUACGACUCCAAUCCACACCAUGUACACCACCACCCUUACGAUUGUAACGAUUGCGAUAACGUUUACAUGGGGGAAGAUAUGCUACCUUUUGGCGAUCAUCAGCAUAACGAUGCGAUAAGUUUGAGUGCAAUUAGCAAGCGAACGCAGGCGUAUGGAAGUGCGAGCGCUGCAUUUAGUCAGCAGAAAACCAACUAUCUAAUUGCAGUACAUCGAAAGCUUAGUCGGCAGGAUACGUACUUCCUGUCGCAUCAUAAAUCGAAGCCAGGCUUGUUCGGUAUUCCACUAUUGAUCCCCUGCUAUGAUGGUGUUACCAACAAGGAGCUAUACUGUUCAGUAUGGUUGCAAGUGGCUCGUUUACUCAGCCCGUUACCGCCAACACCACCCGAUCAAUCAAACCACGCUACCGACUGUGAUGAUAGCUUAGGUUAUGACUUCCCCUUCACAUUACGUGCGGUUGCAAGCGGUGGUCGAAUGUGUGCACUUUGUCCUUGGUCACGUUUCUGCCGUGGAUGUGAGAUUCCAUGCAAUGACGAGCCUCUGCUACAGGGGUUGAUAUGUCCAGCGCCUAGUUCCCUGAGCAAUACUUCCACCCCAAAUUUAUCAUCGCGCGAACAAACACCAACCUUCCGACGAAAAGUGUACGCAGCCAACUCGUCGGGUAGUUCAUCACUCGAUGGUAACACAAACCACCAGCAGCAGCAGCCAUCGUCAAUGGGUGCAUUGCCGUCAUCUUCUUCUACUCCAAUAUCGUUACUGCAAAGCUUUAUCAAUGCACGAUCAAUUCAAAUUGCCAUCGAUUGGGAUCCAACUGCUCUUCAUUUGCGUUACCAAAGUACACGUGAACGGUUGUGGACAGUACACGAGUCCGUGGAUAUCUGCCGAAAACAACAAACAGAACCCGUGGAUUUGGACCACUGUCUACGGGCAUUUACCUCAGAGGAAAAGCUUGAACAAUGGUAUCAUUGUUCACACUGCAAGCAAAAAAAGCCAGCUACCAAAAAGUUACAGAUCUGGAAACUACCUCCUAUUUUGAUCGUCCAUCUAAAGCGAUUUAAUUAUGUCAACGGAAAAUGGGUGAAAUCGCAAAAGGUCGUUAACUUUCCUUACGAAGACUUCGAUCCAACUCCUUACCUCGCUUCCGUACCGCAGGAAACUAUUUUACGACAUCGUGAUUUGUUAGACGGUUUACCAUCAGGAACUCGUGGAGACGGACGUAAUCGUGAUUGUCACGAAGAGUUUGUUGAGUUUGAUCGUGAAAUGUCUAUGAUUGAGGAAGGAAGCGAUGAGGUUUCAUUGUCUUCUUUGCAAAUCAACGGAAUGAAGGAGAACGAAGUAGACGGCACUAAAGACAAUCGAUGGCAUAAGCAGGAUUCAAUAGCACGGAGCAGUAUUAUCACGCCAGCCAUCGAAGGCCAGUCGAGCCAGAGUGGUACGGGAGGCAAUGAGGCGAUGAGCGGAAGCUUCUCGGAGGGCAAUGAAAGUGUUUCAGCGAGCGUUCGCACGAAAACCUCAUCCAUACGAAGUGGUGAUUCAACUCGGCGACAGCGACUGGUAUCGACGAGCCUAACAAAAACUCCAGUAAUAGACGGGGAGUUUACCGAUUUCCACAAGCAUCAUCUAAAAUCGGAAUGCGAUCCGUUUGAGCUAAAAUAUCAGUUAUAUGCCGCUGUGUGUCACUCGGGAAUGCUUAAUGGAGGACAUUAUAUCUCUUAUGCAGCUAACCCGAAUGGGUCCUGGUUCUGCUACAACGAUAGCUCAUGCCGCGAAAUACCUACGCGACCAAAAAUUGAUCCCAGCACGGCUUAUCUAUUGUUUUAUGAACGGCGCGAUCUCGAUUACGGACCGUACUUACCAACAGUGGAUGGCCGGCAACUACCCAGUGAGGGGCUCCUCGACAUCGACGAUGGUGAUAAUGAUCUAAAAAAAAUGUGCUCGAUAACGUGAGCACUUUUAAGAUGCUUUUUUGCGCGAGGGAACAGAAUGUGUAGAGAAACAAAAUUUAAAGUAUGUUCUUCUAGCUAAAACAAAUAAUAUAAAUUAUACGAAAUGCGCCAUAUUUCCAAUAUUGGAAGUUUUGAACACAAUGGGACUGCAUAAAUUUAAUCAACUCAUUUCACGGCUAUAGUGGUCGCUUUACAAACAACUUUAUAAUGUGCAAUUGGAGUUCGUGAAAGGAUGGACGGUAAAGACCAGAAGGUCGACAAGAACAGUACCAGCAGCUAACAUUCGUAGAUGAAAACCGCCAUGAUAGGAGAUUACUGAUGUCAUUGUAUGUUUUGCAAAAUUAAUGUAUGUUGCCUUAACGCGCGGCUUUUGCAUACUUUGCUAAGCUUUAUAUUUUUUACAAAAAAAUAAGCUGGUCAAUGGAUCUGUGUUUGUCGCUGCUCUAAGCGCUGUGAUGUAAAUGUUGUGAACAGGAAGAUAAACGGAACACAUUCCGCAGAUAUACAAUGGAUAGAGCAUUUGACACUCACAACCAUACAAAAUUUGAUUGUGCGGAGAACAAUGAUUAGUUUUAUUGAAUUUACAUAGUUCUUUUUUGAUGAAAAUGUACUGGAAUGUUCAGUUUGCUACUACUAUAUUCAUUUUGUAAGCGAUAGAUAUUGUAAUCCGACAGCAGGCAGUCUCUAUCUAUCCUAAAUUCUACCGUGGAAGGUUUUCCCACGUGUUGAAGUAGUUUAUGUAUUAUGAUGCAACCGUAUUGUGCAAAUCAAUUGUUAUUUUUCUGGUUAAAUGUACGUUUAAGUUGGAAAAGCCAUUCAAUGAUAUUGGAAUGAGAAAUUCAAUUAUAUCUGGAAGAAGAAAAAGAAAACACUAUUACGAUAAAAACGUUCCUUGUUACACUGUAAGAAGCUAUGAAGUAAUAAUGACCUAUUAUGAGCCUAAGCAUCCUUCUUUACCCUUUAAUUGUUGAAUUUCGUCACCAUCCUUUAUCCCGUGUAUGAUCCAUAUGAAUUGUGACAUUGGUUGUUGAAUUUGUAAUGGAAAACACAAAGGAACCUAUGUAACGUGGUAAACCCCACAAAUACCCACGGUAUUUUUGUUGGUUUGGUUGAUUAUCUAUUGACUUGUUAAUUUUGAGUACAUGUUUAAGCUUUCAUUUUGGUAGUAGUUGGAAUAAAAGAGUAAAUUCGGU